UGCGCCCCUGCUGAUUAGCUACACACCCCCUGCCUUUUGUUUCCGAGGUGGAGCCUGACACCCCGACUUUACCAAACUGGAUUGCCGGCAAAGCAGACGGACAGGAUAGGAUUGGGACCAGCAGAGGCUGGCACAGUUCGGGGACGCGGCAGAUCUGGAGAAGGGACCUCGAAGACUCCAUCAAGAAAGGAGAGGGAUUUGGCGGAGAGCUUCAAUCUAGUAAAUACAAAGGCGAUUUUGAUCAGCAGAGCCACAAGAAAGAUGAAUUUUUUCAUAUUAAUGUCGAUUUUUGUCACGGUUAUUUCUGGAAAGUCACCUCGGCUCAAAUUUGUUGUGCACGAGCCCUCCAGGUUCCACUUCAACAAACCUGAGAACUACAUCAGCAUGUACCACCAGGAAGGGAGUGACACACUUUAUGUAGGUGGACAGUCAAUAAUCUACGUGUUGACAUUCACAGAUCGAGGGGUUCGUGACCUGAAGAUCCCAGCGGCAUCGGAUCAGACUGCUAUUGACACCUGCAAGGCAAAGGCCACACCACUCGAGCAAAUCGAGUGUGAUAAUUUUAUCACCGUCCUUCAGAAAGUAAAUGACACUUUCAUAGUAUGUGGGACAAAUGCUGGAAGCCCAAGAUGCUGGAUGCUGGUAAAUGACACAGUGCUGACAGAUGUCCAGGGUGCUGGGCAGAUAACAUCAGCCUCUAACAUAUCACCACCCUACCCUUCACAGAGAUCCAUCAGCUUGCCUGCAGAUGGGAGUCUGUAUUCUGCUAUGUCGUCGGUGGGAGGUCAUUCUGGCUCGAUCCGGCGUACGUUUGGCUCCCAGAAACUCCUGAAGACAGAGAACAUUUGGCUGCAGAAUCCUCAGUUUGCUGGUGCUGCAAUAAUCCCGUCAUCAGAAAAGUACAAAGAGGAAAUCUACUUCUUCUUCAGUGAAUUCAAUCAGACAAGGGUGGACGAGGAACCAUACAAGGCCCGCAUAGGCCGAAUCUGCACGGUGGAUGAAGGUGGCAUGAAAUCUCUGCUGCAAGAGUCAUGGACCACCUUCCUGAAGGCUCGUGUGAUGUGUGGUGCUGGAAACACUCAGCAGCAGUACAACAACUUGAGGCAGGCGGUGGUGCUGACAGCUCAGGACAAGAGGGCUGGGGUCAUGUAUGGCCUCUUUUCCAAUGCAUGGGGCAAAACAGUGAUCUGUGCCUACUCCAUUGAAGACAUUGACCAGGCCUUCUCCACCUCCAAACUAAAGGGCUACAGCAGCCCAUUUGUCGGUGGCCGACCUGGAUUGUGUGCCCCCAGAAACCCCUCAGCAGCAGAAAAUCAAAACAUCAAAAACCUUGGGGUGAUGAGAUACCAUUCAGAAAUUGAGGAUGUUAUCCGGCCUGUUGGUGUGGCUCCACUUGACCUCCCCACAGAUGAUCAAAUCACACACACAGUUGCGGACAUCGUCCUAGCGGUCAAUGAUGAGCACUACAGUGUCCUUUACCUCGGAACAGAUCAAGGCAAAGUUCUUAAAGUUCUUCAUACCAGCGAGGAAGUCUUCAUCAUAUCUCAAUAUUCUCUGUUUCACAACGAGGGGCCUGUUUUGAACAUGGCCAUCGACUCCCAAAAGGGACAUCUCUAUGUUGGCACAGCCAUGGAGGUCCAGCGAUUGCAACUAGCUGACUGUGGUCGCUAUGGUGACACAUGCAGGGAGUGCAUCCUUUCUCGGGAUCCGUAUUGUGGAUGGGAUAAGGCCAGGAGAAAGUGCAUUGCCAUCCCACAUGGAUACAAUGCCACGACUGGGACAAUCAUUCAGAAUCUGGACCAGUCAAACUCUUCUGUUUGUGGGGAAGCUGCUGCUCUGAAGCAACGGCGAACUUCUCCUAGAGAAGUUUUGGUUCAGUCCAACACCUCUGUGUUUCUUCCCUGCCCUGUGCGCUCCUUCCACGCCACCUACCGCUGGGAAAAGGACAACCGCAUCAACUACCCCUGCCUCUUCGCCGGAGACUUCUGUGUCCUGGGGCCACUCAUGAACACACCACUGAAAGAAGGUGUCUUCCGUUGCAUGGCAACUGAAGAUGGAUUUAAGGUGGAAAUCAUCUCUUUUAGGCUGGUGAAUAACGGCAAGCUUCUGUCUGCCUCAUUUCUCUCCACCAUGGCAUUAUCGCUCCUGCUCGCCGGGGCCACACUAUGGCUUCAUUAACCACAGCUAACACUAAUGCUAACUCCUCAUUCUAAAUGGCUCCUACUGACAGGAUUAGACAAGGAGCCAUUUUGCAGCGGUUAGGUUCGCAUAGCAUUGAUGUCAAUGGUUGUGUUUAAAGUGGCAAUUCACCUUUUUUAUUUUGGUUUUUAGAAAAAGUGUGGAUAAGAUAUCAAUUAAUAAGGGACUAAAAAUCUAUAUUUUUUAGCAUAAAAAACAUAUCUGCAGCCACAGUUGUCUUAAUAUGAUCAAAAUAGUCAAAUACAUACAUUAACAUUUAAACUGAGGUGACUAGGAGUUACUGUCCAUGAACUGUCUUGUCUUGUAUCCUCAAACUUCUUUCAACCAUAAUUUGGUGCUUUGCGAACCUUUCCUCCCCGACUAAAACAGAUCAACAUAUCCAGUGAGUUGGACAAAAUAAACACCAAUGCCAGGCCAAGUCUUUUUAAUAGUUCUCUGCUUAUUUUGAAAUUGACUUGAUUGUGCUCAUUUGUGGAACUGUAAACCUUUAAUAACGCUCUUACAUCUAUUCAUUCAUCUUGUUAAACUUCAUUGUUCGAGCUUAUUACUACUUAGAUAAUUGUCUGGUAUUGAGAUUUAAAAAGCCUUAACACUUCUGGGACAUAAACUCCUAAGCACAAUUUUGCAGUCGAGGCAGAAUACUGCACACUCAGUUAGACUUUGCGCUGCAAUUAGUGCGGCUGAGUCUUAACAACAUGACUGGGAGGAAGUGUCAGCAUUUUGACAGGAAGUAGGCGGUUGGGCAACAGCUCAUCCUCGAACAUCACUGUGUCUCAGCACCUCCUCCUCAGAUGAGGCAGUUUCUUGCAUCUUUUUAGCAGAUGGUAUCGGAUAUUGUUAUUGCUCCUUGUUCACAGCUUUGUCCAUUGUUUUUAUUAAUUUAUUUAUGUAUUUAUUUAUUUUGCCAUCAUCCCUAACUCCUAUGAAAAACUGUGACAUAAAAAUGGCAGUGAGGCAUAAACUCCUCUCAGAGUCUUUUAUUCUUAAUGGAAGUCUAAAAAAAUAUUUUAAUCUAGAUUAAAUCCAGUUUCCAGUUUCUUUCCAUCUAGCAAUGUUUAAAGUUGUGAACAAGGUGCUAUGCUAUAGCCAUUUUAGUUAGAACAUAAUCACAGUAUCAUAGGGACAGAAGAAGCUAGUGGAAACUGUAUCGUAGACUUGAGUUUCGUAGUUUUCCAGGAGAAAAAAAAGGCUUGUAUUUAGAUUGAUGAAGUAUGUUCUGGAUGUUUUUGCUCUGCAGAUGCUGAUUUUUUACCAUUGCGGCCUAUGUUUGUAACAGUUUGUCUUGAUGGUUUGUUAUUUUAUGCUAUAGGUUAAAUAUGAUAUGUAACCAUU